CCUCCUCCCAGGCCCAUUUCUCUUUCUCUUUCUGUCAUAUAAAAUCAGCCCAUACAAGAUUUACGUUAGGUUAGAAAUCGAAGCAAGCAAGCGGGUAGAAUACAGAGCAAAAGGGGCUGUUUCUUCAUCGUCUUCACUUGCACUUAAAUUAUCAUCAUGUCUUGGUGUACUAUUGAGUCCGAUCCAGGUGUGUUUACUGAACUUAUACAACAGAUGCAAGUCAAAGGAGUGCAGGUUGAGGAAUUGUAUUCACUGGAUAUCGAUUCUCUGAAUUCUUUAAGGCCAGUUUAUGGACUGAUAUUCCUUUUCAAAUGGCGUGCGGGCGAGAAGGAUGAUCGUCUUGUAAUUAAGGAUCCAAAUCCCAACCUCUUCUUUGCUAGCCAGGUUAUUAAUAAUGCCUGCGCAACCCAAGCUAUUCUUUCUAUCCUAAUGAACUGCCCAGAUGUUGAUAUUGGCCCAGAAUUGACCAAGUUAAAAGAAUUCACAAAAAACUUUCCACCUGAGCUAAAAGGUUUGGCUAUCAAUAAUAGUGAACCAAUUCGUACAGCUCACAAUAGUUUUGCAAGACCUGAGCCUUUUGUUCCGGACGAGCAGAAAGUUGCUAGCAAAGAUGACGACGUGUAUCAUUUUAUAAGCUAUAUUCCAGUAGAUGGUGUGUUAUACGAGCUUGAUGGUUUAAAAGAGGGACCUAUUAGUCUGGGGCAGUGCUCUGGUGGGCAAGGUAAUAUUGAUUGGUUGAAGAUGGUGCAACCCAUAAUUCAGGAACGCAUUGAGCGGUAUUCCCAAAACGAGAUUAGAUUCAAUCUUCUUGCUGUGAUAAAGAACAGGAAAGAGAUGUAUACUGUUGAACUUAAAGAGCUUCAAAGGAAGAGGGAGCGACUUCUCCAGCAGUUGGCUACACUACAGUCUGAGAGACUGGUUGAUAGCAGCAAUGUAGAAGCGCUGAACAAAUCGCUCUCUGAAGUAAAUACUGGGAUUGAGAAUGCCACAGAGAAGAUCUUGAUAGAGGAGGAGAAAUUUAACAAGUGGAGAACUGAAAACAUUCGCCGAAAACAUAACUACAUUCCAUUUUUGUUCAACUUUCUCAAGAUUCUGGCUGAAAAGAAGCAGCUGAGACCUCUCAUUGAAAAAGCUAAGCAGAAAGCAAAUGCUCCUAAAUGAAGAAAAUUUCCUACCCAGCUCAAAAAGCUUUUACGUUUUUUGUUGCCUGUAAACUUCAGACUUAUGUACUAGAUACAUGAUUUGCAUGAUUGCUUUCAUUUCAUCUUAGGAUUCUGGUUUAUGGCAGAUUAUCCCUAGGGAUAUAGUCUGGAAUUUGAUGUAA